AUAGAUAGAGAGUAGUUUAACAGUGGGAGUGAUAGAUGCAAAUUAUUUGCCAGUCUUCUUUCUACUGCCACUACAACACACUACAGUUAUAACAGACAUUCUCUGGAUAUAUUAUGGAGAGAGAGAGAAGUUGUAGAUGAUAUUGUUGCACUUUGUUUGCCAACAAGUCCUAACUGCUUAACUACAUUAUACAACAAGAAAACAUACAUACACGCACACAUAGAGAAGCUCUGGAGAUACACACAUACAUAUAUAUAUAUAUAUAUAUAUAAUAUAAUAUAUAUAUAUAUAUACGUUUUUUUUGUCAUUUUCACCCUUUCUCUUACUCUCAUGUUCACAUUCAACUUGCUAACUUUCUAAUAUCGUCGACGGCUACUUGAACUACCUACCUAACCAGGCUGGCUCAGCCCUAUCACCAUCGCCACCACCGCCAUCAUCAUCAUUAUUGCUACAACAACCACCACCACCGCCGUCGCCGUUAUCAUCAUCAUUCACCGUCUCACUCAGUCUCUCACUCACUCUUUCACUCACAUACACACUCUCACUCUCUUUCAUUACCUCUACUCUCAUUCCAUUUUAUAAGUGAACUAUUCAAUUAGUCUCGUGCUCGUGCCGUGGUACUCCGCGAGAUCUGGGCUUAGCGAAAGAUGGCGAUGAGUUUCGAUGGCAUGAAUGGGUCAGAUAUGGACACAUCCGACUCCCGAAAAAGACCCUCAGACGCCGAAAGUGAUAGCGGGGUGACGAAGCGCUCAAACCAAGGCGGAGGUACUAUUGGGACACCUGAUGACUACAGCUGUGAAUAUAAAUCUGAUUCAGGUAUUGAAAGUCAGGUCUGGGCACCCUCAUAUGCAUACGAAGAUUGUCAACCCGGGGACGAACCGUUGAGACAUAAUAUGAUGGCUUCUCUUCAAAUUUGGCACAAAAACCAAGGGGAGAAUGUCCACCUUAAGAUUUUAGUUCCAAGUGCAGCUGCUGGAGCCAUUAUUGGCAAAGGUGGAGAGACAAUUGCACAAGUGCAGAAAGAUGCAGGAGCCAGAGUAAAGAUGUCGAAAGCUAAUGAUCAUUAUCCUGGGACAUCCGAACGAGUGUGUCUUAUAACUGGUUCAGUUGAAGCUGUUAGGAAAGUCCAUACUUUUAUUAUGGAAAAAAUCAGGGAAAAACCAGAACCUAACCCCAAAUUAGAUGAAAAUAAAAGUACCUAUGAACGGCACCGGCAGACAAUAGAUUUAGCUGCUCCAACCCAAUUUGACAGGCUCCAGCCCUCUGAUAGUCUAGAACCAUUUUUACAGGUGAAAAUCUUAGUCCCUAAUAGUACUGCAGGAAUGAUAAUUGGUAAAGGUGGCAUUUAUAUAAAACAAAUUAAGGAGGAAAGUGGAGCGUAUGUGCAGAUAUCUCAAAAGUCAAAAGAAACAAAUUUGCCAGAACGCUGUGUAACAGUUGCAGGUGAUGUUGAGUCCAACAGAAGAGCUGUUGACAUGAUAUUACAGAAGAUUGUUGAAGAUCCUCAAAGUGGAAGCUGUCCAAAUAUCAGUUAUGCAGAUUACACAGGACCAGUGGCCAGUGCUAAUCCUACCGGGUCCCCUUUCGCUAACACGGACUAUAUACAAAACAGAAGUACAGAGAUAGGAUUAGCUAAUAAUAACUUUGGUGCUUUUGGUUUUGGUUUUAAUGGAAAUGCCUUUGGAAACAAUAUAGGAGCUAGCAUGACGAAUCUGAACUUGAAUGCAGCUUUAAGUGGUGGCACUAGUAAUAGCAUUAACAGUACAGCUUUGGAUAACAUAAAAAUAACUCUGCGAGGAAAUGGAUUUUCAGAUCAAGCAACCGAAGAAAUAAGUACUGCCAUGAACACUUUAGCUAGCUAUGGUAUAUUAGCUAGUAUGGGUUUAGGAAUGGGCAGUUUGAAUAAUUUGGCAAACUUAGGAACUGGAAGCGGUCUAGGAACAGGACUGAAUCUUAAUUCAUCUGGCUUGCAAGGCUCUAGCAUGAUGUCAAGUAGUACAACUUCAACCACAAGUGUGAGCAGCCCUUUCUUUAACACUACCACCAGUACUAACAGUGCUGGUAGCCUUUUUGGUCCAGUUGGCAGUGGGUCAUCCGGAUUAGGAAGUUCAGGCUCCACUGGAGCCAACUCUAGUCUUUUCAGUAAUUCCUCUCCUAGUAUUGGCAACGAAAGAUAUGGGGGAAGUCCAAUGCUUAAUGAUUCAUUUGGCAAUGCUGCUAAUUAUCCCAGCAAUCCUGGGUUCACUGGAACUCCAAGCAUAGCUGGCGACAGGUCUCCUAAUGUUAAUCAAAAUUCUUUUGGCCUCGGAACUGGCAUCUAUAGCCCUGCUGAUGACAAAUCAGCCCCGGCAACUAAGCAAGAGAUGGAGGUUCCGGAGACAAUUGUUGGAGCUAUCCUGGGACCUGGCGGGAAAGGCAUCGUGGAAAUACAACAGUUCACGGGCACCAACAUUCAGAUUUCAAAAAAAGGAGUCUAUGUACCUGGUACCCGUAAUCGUGUUGUCACCAUAACUGGUACUCCUAACAACAUUUCCAAAGCCCAGUUAUUUAUCCAGCGGCGCCUCCAGCAAGAGGAAAUGAAGAGGGCUCGUCAAGCUUCUACCCGUUAGGGUACCCUCUCCCGCCAUUUCAUUGCACGGAAAUUCCCCCUUUUUCUUUCUUUUUCUUUUUUUUUCUUAAAUCCUCUCUCCCUCACUCUCUCACCCAUUCCUCUUUUUUUUUCUUAACUUCUCCCACUUUCAUUUAAACAUUUUUAUUUAUUUUAUUUUAUAUUUUUGAAAUCAAAUUAAACCCAUCCCGAAUCCUAACCAUAAAUAUAAUUCAAACAAAAUAUAUAUAUAUA